UUGGUUGCUGUUCAGUUCGAAAUUUCGUAUUACUUGCCUGUUUUUAAUAACAUUGUGUGUGUGUUUUUUUGUAUGAUAUUUAUUGUACACAUGCUUGGACAUAAAUAUUUCAAUUGAUUUUAGAUUUUAAAAUCUUGUUUGUUUAAAGUGACUUAUCAAAAUGGCGACAUAUGCAAUUUCAAGACAUUCUGCUGUGGUUAAAUAUUAAUGUUGUACAAUCUGCGAUAACGACCGAUCUGCAGAAGUAGAUGCAGAUUUUUACUGUAAAACAUGUAUUCACUCCCACAGACACCAUGGGCGGUGGUUUUUUAAAAAAUCUUCUUAUGGAAAGGAUAAAAUUAUGAAGUGGCCACUUCCUAAGAAGAUGGAGAAUUAUCUUAUAACAUGCAUCACACACACAAAUGAAAAAUUAACAAUAUUGUGCAAUAGCCAUAGUGAGUUGUGCUGCUCCAGAUCUGUUGAGCUUAAUCACAGAUCCUGAUUUGUACUGAAGGAUUAGCUGCUAUUUGAAUUCUCGUCUGUAUGUACAUUUUAUUUCAUUAUGGACUGAAAAGCAUUCCUACAUUAUUAAAUGUAGUGAACUGUGAACUAUCUUAUUUAUGAUGUCUUGUUUAUUGGGAUACAACACAGCCGUAGCCAUCCGGGUUACAGUAUUAUAGACUAUUUUAACAGAAUUAUACUUUAACUACAUGUACUUUAACAUGUAAAACUUCAUACACAAGAGUAUCAAAAUUGGCGACAGGUUCAUUGUCUAAUGUUGUGAAACGUUGGCCUAUGGUUGAAAAGUUUUAUUGUACAUCUUGUGUUUGAAUUUAUCCGUGUUUCAGUGUUAAUUUUAACUUCUAAGGUUGAUAAACUUUUGGAACUAGCUUUAUUGUUUUCAUAUUUCACAAGAAAUAUACUUGAACGAUACGAACAAAAAGGUAUUUACAUUAUAAACAGUAACAAAAUGGCAACAGGUUCAUUGUCUUCGGUUCCAAAACGUUUGCGUAUGGUUGAAGACUUUUCUUGCACAUGUUGUUUAGAGCAGAAUCUUACGGAAUCUGCAGACAUUUAUUGUGAACAAUGUUUAAGGUUUUAUUGUAAAAAAUGUGUUAUCCUGCAUAGUCAGUUGUUUACAAAACAUACAACAUGCGGAAGGGGAGAUAUUCAGAAAUGGCCAGUUCCAAAGGAGGUGGAGGAUUUUCUCAGGAAGUGUGAGGUGCAUGCGGAUGAAACACUGACACAGUUUUGCCAUGACCAUGGUCAGCUGUGCUGCUCUGCAUGUGUUGGAACAAUUCACAGCCAGUGCAGUAAAGUGACCCAGAUUUCGGAGCUGACCAACACGCAGCCCUCAGGCCUAGAGGGGCUGUCAGUGGAGCUGGAAACUGUCCUGGGGGAAAUUAAAACCCUGCAGAUCAGUCAGGAGGCCAGCAUUCAGUCAUUGCAGAGAACAUACAAUGAACAUAGGGAAGUUAUGAUAGAGCAAAUGUGUGGCAAUUUAAAUACUUUUAUAGAUGAAUGUGAUAAUAAUUCUGUGGGAACAUCAGGCGGAAAUGAGCAAUAUUUAAAAGAAGAGAUGUGUAGGAGUGUUCUCUCUAUCGUGAAUGAAUUUGAUAAUAUUACUGCGAAGGAACUUAACGAGAUGAGAGAUGAAGUUAUAAGCAUUAAAGGGUCAGUUACAAGUUCUAUGCAUAAAUGCACCAGUCUUCACAAUGACUUGUCACAUUUCCAUGAAAUUGUUGAGAAAAUUGGAGAUCAUAAGCAGCUCUGCCUUAUAGCCAGCAUAAAAUGUAAGCAUAUAAUACAGCAGGCACUGACUUUGCUGGGAAAGUCAGGCAAGGCGUUUAAUUUCCAGAGUAAUGCUAAGCACAAUGUGAGAAUACCAAGUGAUUCAGGUGAAUGUAGUAUCACAGGCGUAUGUGUUCUGACUGAUGGGCAGGUGCUGAUCGCAGACUGGAAUAAUAAGAGGUUAAAGCUGCUGAACCAGCAGUACCAGGUGGUGAGUCACUGUGAUGUGACUGUAUAUGUAAGGGACAUGUGUCAGAUCACACCCAGUGAGGUUGCUGUGGCUGUGAAUGAUUAUGUUAGCAAAACACAUAAUGUCAAGUUUGUCACAGUCACCCAGAGCCAGCUCACUCUUGGCAGGAAGCUUGAGUUACAACAUGGAUGUACAGGUAUAGCCUGCCAUCAGGGAGAACUGUUUAUCUGCUCUGGUACUGCUCUGUUCAAGUACACACUAUAUGGCAAACAGCUCUGCAGACUCUAUGAAGAUGAAUCUGCUUAUGACACAGACCCAGCACUAGGGUGGCUACGUGGUCUACAUGUGACCCCUGCAGGCCAGGUGCUGGUCUGUGGAGACCAUUUCCACACUGUAGUACAGGUGGGCUGGGAGGGAGAGAGUAAGCUGGCUACGCUGGCUACUCAGAAGGAUGGAGUGAGGAGGCCACAGUCAGUCUGCUACUGCAGCACCACAUCAUCCAUCAUUCAACUGCUAAUCACAGAAGACAAAGGAGUAGUGAAAGGCUCAAUCAAAUCAAAGUCCAGCAAUGUGAGGGUGACACAGCCUUUCCAUGUCCUCGUAUUGCAACAUGAAGAACAUUUUAGCUGA